CCCCAUGCAGCCUGUAUGCUCAAGAGUGAGCAGCUGUACUGGCCAGGUAUGUGCUUCGUCCCAUAGACUGCCUGUGGACUACCAAACCCUGAGCUGUUUUUCACAAACUGUACGUCUGUGCAUUGCUGAAAGAACUCUGCUCAUCCCCAGUAAUAUGUCUGAAGUCUCUGGUCAUCUCCAGUAGUGUAUCUGCAGUCAUCUCCUGUACUAUGAUUGUAGUCUCUGGUCAUCUCCUGUACCAUGAUUGUAGUCUCUGGUCAUCUGUACUAUGUCCGCAGUCUCUGGUCAUCUCCUGUACUAUGUCCGCAGUCUCUGGUCAUCUGUACUAUGUCCGCAGUCUCUGGUCAUCUCCUGUACUAUGUCCGCAGUCUCUGGUCAUCUCCUGUAGUAUGUCUUCAGUCUCUGGUCAUCUCCUGUACUAUGUCCGCAGUCUCUGGUCAUCUCUUGUAGUAUGUCUUCAGUCUCUGGUCAUCUCCUGUACUAUGUCUGCAGUCUCUGGUCAUCUCCUGUACUAUGUCUGCAGUCUCUGGUCAUCUCCU